CACCGUUCCCCUCUUGUUCCAGCCAAAUACAGACGCCGUCGUAGUUGGGUCUCAUCUUCCGCCGGCGAAAUAAGAACCAUAGUGGCUUCGGUGGUAGUCGAUUUUUUCCGGCGUUUUGGUGAUCUUCAAAAGCAUCAGUGGGUAUUUCUUCAUAAAUCCGGAAUGACAUCUUCGAGCACUAGCAUCAUAUAUCCUCCUCUACUUUAUGAAGAAGGGAAAUCGCCUCUCCAACAUAGGAGCAUGAACCACAAUUGCUUUGUGUCCAAAAUUGGGAUUUUGAAAGAAGGAUUAGGGGUGGACGUGUGGGAUAAACUGAAGGAAUCAUCUCUUGCAGUGUUUAUAAAUUUUGCUGAAUUGGAAUACACAUGGGUUGCGCAGAGAGUUCAUUUUCUACUCACACAUAAGCUGAGAAUAAACAACUUUCAUGAGGUUUGGUAUUUGAUUGAUGGUAGACCAAUUAGAUUUUCUUUAAAUGAGUUUGCGGAGAUAACAAGUUUAAAUUUUGAUGCAUUUGACCCUUUAGACAACUUUGAUGUUGAUCACCAUGAUUUCUUGAAAGAAAUGAAAAUACCAACAACCAUGGAUGGUCAUAUGUGGAGUGAGUUGCUAAAGGUGCUUGAUUUUAGCAAAACAUGGCAUGUUGAUAAGAGGUUGAUGGUUGGUAGGUUAUGUCUAUUGUGAGUAUGCGUACAUGGAAUUCAUCAUACAUCUAGAAUCCCGUUGGCGACCGCAAAAAGAGUUUUAGAUCCAGUCGCUUUUGAGAAACAUCCAUGGGGUUGGGUGGCUUUUAGUAGUCUAGUGAAUUCUGUUAAGAUUGUUGACUAUGAUAAAGAUUCAUAAACCGUACAUGGGUGUGUUCAUGCUAUGUUGAUUUGGCUGUACGAGAGUGUUACUGGAAUAGGAGAAAGUUAUGGGUUUAGAAGGACAAAAACGACUAGUGUUCCACUUCUUGAUUGGCGAUCAUCUCGAAAACGUAUCAACUUCACAAACCUCAUCAAAAAAGAGAAGGAGUUGCACGGACAGGUUAAUAGUGGUGCUAGUUUGUGACUAUUUUUAAAAAAAAAAUACUUUUGACCUGUUGUUAUAAAUUG